AUGCCAAGUGAUGAAGAUUUUUUUAAUAAUUUACCAAUAAAUUUACAAAAACAAAUUUUAAGUAAUUUAUUUUUAAAUAAUUUUCAAAUUUAUAAUAAAACAAUAUCAAAAUCAACAUUUACAAAUGACUGUUAUAUUGAAAAUAAUUUACAAUUAGAAUUUAAAAAUAAUGAAUGUUUUAAUAAUAGUAUUUAUAUAAUUUCAUUAUCAUUAGUUUGCAAAUUAUGGGCAAUUUCAUUAAUACCAGGUGCAUUUGAUACAAAUGGAUACCAAUUUGUAAUUAAUAAUAGAAAAGAUUAUUUAUACUUUUUAAAAUGGAGUCAACAUGGAAUAAUUGAAAGAACAAAAAAAUGGUAUGGUAAAUUAAAAUUAAAUUUUAGUAGUAAAAAAAAGAAACCAAAAUAUCCACCAAUUAAAUUCGAUUGGAAUAAUGUUAUAAUUAAUUAUAUUAAUCCACCUGAAUUAACAAUUCCAAAAGAUAUUCAAAAUAUUUCAAUGAUAAAUAGUCAAUUAUUAAUUAAUCAAUCAUCAUCAACCUCAUCACCAUCAACAUCAUUUUUGUCAUCAAUUUAUUCUGACACAAAUUCAGAUUCAAGUUCUGAUUUUGAUAUUGGUAAUUCAACAACUACUGUAAUAACAAGUUCAAUUACAUGUCAAUCAUUAUCAAAUUCAGCAGUGAUUGGUAAUGGAAGUGGUACCGCAACAACUAUUCAUCAUAGUAUUAGUAAUGGUAAUUUAUCAGCAUGUUCAAACUCAACUUUAUCAACACCAACAUCAUCACCAAAAUUAACAAAUCAUAAUAAACAUCGUAAUCCAAGUAAUGGUAAUAUAAUAAACCAUUUACAACAACAACAAAAUUUACAAACAUUAAAAAUAAAAAUGAAUUCUAAUAAUGCUAAAGAAACCGAUACAUUUAUUGAUUUAGUUAAUAAGAAUGCAAAUUUAAAACAUUUAGAAAUUGAUAGAUCUGAAAUUUCAUAUUUUAGUAAUAUCGGUGGUGGUAGUUCAAGUAUUGCUUUAUAUGAUACACUUUCAAAUCUUUUGCAUUUACAAGUUUUAAAAAUUCAAAUGACACUUAAUGGUGGUACACCAAUUCAUCAUUUAGGUCUAUUAACUAAUAUAAAGAAAUUAUAUGUUGAAUUUAUACCAUCACCAACAAGUGAAGGACGUUGUGAUUGGAAUAAUUUAGAAUAUUUAUUAAAAAAUGCACCUGAAAUUGAAACACUUUCAAUUAAAGAUUGCAAUCGUAUUCCAUUUUCAAACAUAUUCACUGUCUUAACCAAUAAUAGAAGUUUAACAGAAUUAGAUAUUCAAGAAUGUAUUUCACCAUUAUCAAUAAUUAAUAAUAGUAGUGGUAAUUUAUUAAAUUUAUUAACAACAAAUAAUAAUAAUACAAAUAAUACAAAUAAUACAAAUAAUACAACCAAUAAUUGUAAUAAUAGUAAUGGUAGCAAUAUAUCAAUAUCAAUAAAUGGUAAUACUUUAAACCAAAGUACAAAUAGUAAUAAUAAUAAUAAUAAUAAUAAUAAUAAUAAUAAUAAUAUAGGUGGUGGUGGUGGUGGUACAAUUAAUACUAGUACUAGAGUUUUAGCAAGUCAUAUUGAUGAAUUUCCAUAUUUAGGGUUAAAAGAAUUUUUAAUUACAAAUAAUUUUAUACAAAGUUUAUCAUUAAGAUUUACAGGUAUUGCAUCACCAACUUUAUUAAAUUCACAAAAUGAAUUUACAUUAUCAUCAAGUUCAUUAGAGAAAUUAUCAUUAUUUAAAUUAAAUGAUAAAGAUAAAUUAAAUAUUUCAAUUAAUAUACCAACUUUAAAAGAAUUGGUAUUACUUCCAUAUAGAAAUAGAGGUUUGAUAAAGUUUAUUAAAUCUUCUAAAAAGAUAUCAAGAUUAUCAUUAUAUAGACAACCUUUUUCAAAUAAUAGUACCAAUUCUACAACAACAACAACAACAUGUCUACCAAGUAAACAAUGUUUUGAAAUGGAUGAACUUUUAAGAGCGAUAAAUAGGAAUUACAAUUUACAAGCAUUUUACAAUCAUAAUUAUAUACCACAAAUUAAUGCAAUUGAUUUCAUAAAAUCAAAUCAUCCAUCAGUUACAAGUUUUAUUCAUUUUAAUGAGAAUAUUAAACAUUUGGAAAAUGAUUUAAUUGAAUCGAUUUGUAUAAAUUCUAGAAUAGAAUCACUGACUUUAAUGUUUAACAGUUCAACAUCUAUCAUGUUUGGUGUUGAUGAUGGUGAGCCUAUAUCAGAACUAUGUGUAAUAAUGAUCAUUUUCAAAUUGAUCACUUCUGUGCUUGCUAGAAAUCAUACUUUAAAAUCUUUGAAAAUCAUUGAUUGUUCAAAUGAUGUUCAAGAGAAUUUAAAUUCUUGUUCAACUGGUUUCGGUUGUCCACAUUUUGGUUACUGUAAACUUUACCAAAAUCAAUUAUCUCAAUUAUUUAAAUCAACUAGUAUCCUUCAAUUUUAUUUCCCAUUUUAUAUGAAAAAAUAUUUUGAAAAAUAUUUAAUUCAUUCUUCAAAAUUAUAUUCUUUCAUUUUAAAAGAUAAUGAAUUAUUACCAUUUUCUUAA